UGAAGUAACCUCUGCAGUCAGCAGCUCGCGACGUAGCAAAGAGACCGCGCCUUAUUUUCAACAGACAACCGAGAUGAAACCGUCUGUGAUCAUCGCAAUGCUUGUCCUGGUCCUAGCCCCGCAGUGCAUGGCAAUUAAACAGCAAAAAAGACAACUUAUAAAAGAAGUAGCUUGGAAACUUCUCGGGCAGUGGAUGACAGACGAGGCAAAGUUCCUGGGACACUCAUGCGACCUGGAAGUGCAGCCUAGAUUCUCCGCCUGGACGCUGUUCUACCAGUGCUCUUUCUUCUGUACCGAAUGGACUAACAUCACAGGCGAAGCCGAGUCGCGCUGCAAACUAGGGGCAGCAGAGGAUGCCGUGCGGGAUUUCGUCGAUAAAGCUAUUUUGAACAAUCUCAUCAGACAGGUAGACGUGAGCAAUUGGUCUCAAGAACAGAAAAAUGUAACUAGAACCUUUUAG